AUGGUCGAGGAUAAGGCGGAGACCAAAGCUCCUGCUUCUACAGUGGCAGACGAUGGAAUGGACAGAAAGACUUUGUUCGUGCGUUCUGUACCAUUUGAAGCUACUUCUGAAGAGCUUUCUGAGUUCUUCUCGCAAUUUGCACCAGUGAAACAUGCCGUUAUCGUAAAUGACGCUAACCAAAAGUCAAGAGGGUUUGGUUUUGUCUCAUUCACCAUGGAUGACGAUACCAUUACUGCUUUAGCUGAAGCUAGAAAAACCAAAUUUCAGAACAGAUUAUUGAGAGUGGAUAUCGCAAAAAGAAGAGACAGAAAGGACAAGGAACAAAAGACACCAGAACCAGUCGAACCACCAGUGGAAAAGAGAAGAUCGAGAUUGAUCAUUCGUAAUCUUCCAUGGUCAUGUAAGAAACCAGAUGUGUUGAAGAAGAUUUUCUCUAAAUACGGUGCCGUUUUUGAUGCUUAUAUCCCCAAGAAGAAGGGUGGACAAAUGAGUGGUUUUGCUUUUGUAACUAUGAGAAAAAAGGUAGCAGCUGAGAGAGCCGUUAAAGAGUCCGUGGGCCUCAAGAUUGAUGGUAGAGAAGUGGCUGUCGAUUUGGCAUUGGAAAAGUCAAAGUGGGAAGAGACUAAAGGAGACGAGGAAGAGGAAGAUGACGAAGAAGAAGAAGAAGAAGCCGAGGUUAAUGAGAACGACAAGGAAAAAUCUGACAGUGAUGCUGAGGAAGAAAAUGAAGACGAAGCAGAAGAUGCAGAUGAAAACGAUGACUUUCAUGACUUGAACGAUAUUAAAUCAGACGCCGAACCUGAUUCAGACGAAGAAAUUGAAGUUGAAGAAGAAGAAGAAAAGCCAAAACCUAAGAACAGGCAAGAGCAGUUCUCGAUCUUUGUUCGUAACAUACCGUAUGAUGCAGAUGAAGAAUCUUUGAAGGAACAUUUCAGUCAAUUCGGUGAAGUCAAAUAUGCAUUGCCCGUCAUAGACAAAGAAACAGGAUUGGCUAAGGGAUCUGCUUUCGUUGCAUUCAAGAAAGAAGAAGCAUUUGCAGACUGUGUGGACAAUGCUCCUUCGUCUGCCUCCACUUCUUUACUUAUUGCUGAUGAUGUUUCUCCUGCUUACGUUUAUCAAGGUCGUAUUUUAUCAAUUUCUCCAUCAGUUGAUAGACAAUCUGCUUCAAGAUUGGCCGAAAAGAAUUCAGAGAAGAGAAAAGAAGUCUUGGGUAAAGCACCUGGGGAGAAGGACAAGCGUAACUUGUUCUUGUUGAAUGAAGGUAGAAUUACCACUAACUCUAAAUUGGCACAAGUCAUUUCGAAAACUGAUCUUGAGUUAAGAGAAAAAUCUUACAAGUUGAGAGUGCAACAGUUAAACAAAAAUCCUACAUUGCAUUUGUCGUUAACCAGAUUAGCUAUUAGAAAUCUUCCUAGAGCAAUGAAUGAGAAGGCCUUGAGAGCAUUGGGUCGUAAGGCCGUUGUUCAGUUUGCUACUGAAGUAAAGGAAGGAAAGAGACAACCGUUAUCUAAAGAAGAAACUACCCGUUCCGAUAAGUUGAAGCAUGACAUGAACGAAUUUGAAAGCAAACCUAAAGAUGACGACAAGUCCAAGAAGAGCAGUAAGAACAAGGGUGUCAUCAAACAAGCAAAGGUUAUCAUGGAAGUGAAGGGAACUGGUGAAACUGGUCGUAGUAGAGGUUAUGGUUUCGUCGAAUUCAGAGACCACAGAGCUGCAUUGAUGGGUUUGAGAUGGUUGAAUGCCCAUGAAGUCACCAUUCCUGAAAUUUUGGAAGGUCUCACUGAUGAAGAGAAAAAGGUAGCUUCAUUAGAAGGUUUGGCCAAGAGAAACUUGAUCGUUGAAUUUGCAAUCGAAAAUGCUCAAGUUGUGAAGAGAAGAAGAGACAAGGUGUUCCUUUCUCGUAAUGGUUCUAAAGACUCAAAGGGUAACAUGAAUAAGGGUCCUAAAGAUAAGUCUGAGAAGAAACCAGAAAAGAAAUCUGACGUAUCUGAUGAAGUCAAAAAGAUCAUUGGUGCCAAGCGUAGACAAAGAAAGGGUAAGAAAUGA